CUUUCUACCUUGCCUUUUGGAUCUCGUUCCUUGAGCCCUCCGUCAUGUCGGUCUUCAACGCCUCUCGUUUGCUUGGGAAGACCGUUGUCAUCACGGGUGCUAGUGCGGGGAUCGGAGCUGCAACAGCAGUACUCUUUGCCAAGGGCGGCGCGAACGUCGUUCUGCUGGCUCGUCGAGCGGAAGCGCUGCAGAAGGUCGUAGCUGAAUGCUCGGCCGCGCACAAGGCGGCUGGUGUCGCUGAGGGUGGUAAAUUCGCUGCUAUCCAGCUCGAUGUAUCGGACAAAGCGCAGGUUGCGGGACUUCUCGAUAAGAUUCCUUCAGAACUGCGCGACGUUGACGUUCUCGUCAACAACGCGGGUUUCGUUCACGGGAGAGAGCAAGUCGGCGACAUCGCGGAACCCGACAUCGAAGCAAUGUUCGCGACCAAUGUUUUCGGAUUGAUUGCUAUGACGCAGCUGUUUGUUCGAGAGUUCAAGGCAAGGAACAAGGGCCAUGUUAUCAACCUCGGUAGCGUUGCUGGGCGGGAACCCUACGUGGGCGGCGAGUUCAUCUGCUAUCCACUCGUUAACCCUUCGUUGAUUCAAUUGUCUGCAGGUAGCAUCUACUGCGCUACAAAGCAUGCUCUGCGCGCUUUCACUGGAUCACUCAUGCGCGAGCUCGUCUCGACUCCGAUUCGCGUGACGAAGGUUCAGCCUGGCAUGGUCGAGACGGAGUUCUCGAUCGUUCGCUUCCGCGGUGACAAGGCCGCUGCGGACAAGGUUUACGAGGGCCUCGAUCCUCUUGUUGCGCAAGACAUUGCUGAAGAGAUCGUAUGGGCCGCGUCCCGUCCGCCUCACGUCAACAUUGCCGAGAUAUACGUUCUGCCUACUAACCAGGCCAGCGCGAUCAUUGCUCACCGUAGGUAGGGUAUUGGAAAGACGAAAGUUGAAAAUGUACGUAUUAUGCAAAUACAGGGUAUUACAUUGAGCACUGCUCCGCAUGUGAUGUAAAUACAUCCAGUCAAAACACGUGCAUUAUGAUAUUGCG